AUGGAGAUCGUUGAGCUGGGCAAAACCGGCAUAAAAGUGCAAAAACUUGGUCUUGGCGCAGGUCCAUUUGGGUCCAUUUACGGCGAGACUAAUGAGAAGGAGUGUGGCGAAACGUUGAAUAAAGCUCUUGAACAUGGGCCGCUUUACAUCGACACAGCUCCUUGGUACGGCCAGGGGAAAUCGGAAGCCAUGCUCGGCAAAUUUCUACCUGACAUUCCUCGGGAAAAAUUCGUGAUCGCUACCAAAGUUGCUCGAUACGAGACAGACCCGAAGAAGAUGUUUGAUUUUUCGCAUGAUCGCGCACUUGCUUCAGUUGAUGAGUCUCUCAAACUUCUCGGACUUGAUUACGUCGACAUUAUUCAAGUGCACGACUGCGAGUUUGCUCCAAAUAUCGAUAUCAUUCUCAACGAGACUUUGCCUGCGCUUGAAAAAGUCAAAAAAGCUGGAAAAGCAAAGUUUACUGGAGUUACAGGGUAUCCUCUUGCAGUUCUCGAUGAGAUCAUCAAGAAGUCGACGGUCAAAAUCGACCUUGUCUUAGGCUACACUCGUGGAAGCAUGGCUAACCAAGACCUGUCAAAGUAUCUCCCCGAUUGGAAAGAUCGCGGCAUCGCUGUUGUCAAUGCGAGUCCAAUUGCCAUGGGACUCUUCCGCAAGGAUGGCCCACAACCGUGGCACCCUGCUCAAGAUGAACUCAAGGAGGAAAUCAAAGCUUGCAUCGAACUUUGCAACGCAGAAAAUAUUGACAUUUCUCGCCUUGCUUUGAGAUACUCGCUGGAUGAAAUUGAUGGAGACAUCGUCCUCUGUGGAACUGCCCGACCAUCUGAGCUUGAGGAAAACAUCAAGAACGCAACUACUCCAUUGACUCCUACUGAAAAGAAAAUACUCGACAAAAUAAUGGAACGCCUGUCUAAAUUUUCUGGUCAUUGGGAAGGACGCGAGUUAGAAGCGUUCCGAAACAGAAUCAACGAUGUGGAAGACGAUUUACCAUUCUUUAGAUAA